CUUAAGCUUCUGAUCCUGUUUGCUCGUUCAUCGGUCCUUCUUUGCACCUGAGCUGUAUAUAGCAUAGAUGGUCAAAUACUUAUUAUCAUAAUCACCAGCACAGGAUCGUAUGAUUGCGGUAUCGGGGGAUCCGAGCGCUCAAAUGGCCAAGCAGACUUUAUCCUGUUCACGAAAAACGAGUCUGUCAUGUACAAUGGACUCAGCACCAGUGGUGGGCCUUGACGCUAAGCUCGCUGCAACGGAGAGGCGUUUGAACUUAUCAAAAGCCCUGAGCCCUCGUUUCAGAGAUCAGUGUCCAAUCAAACUUGGCAGUUACCGGCAUCACAAAGGAACAAAGUGCCAUAACUUGAAAGCUUCUCGCCGUCCCGUUAUCCUCAUUCCGCCUUCCUUCUAUCCAUCAUGUCACCACUCACCAUGGCAUGGUCCUUGACAGUGGUUCUAAUAGCAGGAACACUUGUACCCAGAGGUGCUUUUGCGCAGACCUCCAAUGCGACAUGCCUGUCCUCCUAUGGUUGGAUGAACAACUCACUCGGGCAGGAUCCUUGCGUGGUUGCUUCCUACCUUGAGAGCGUCUGCUCGAGUGGAUCUUUUGAAGUGAUUGCUUUGCUUCCUGGCGACUUUUAUGCAGGUCCCUCGGCCACUACAGCAAACUCUUGCGAAUGUAGUACAGUGACCUAUGCACUGAUGAGCGCUUGCGGCGACUGUCAGAACGCCACGUAUUCGGAUUGGUCUUACUGGAGCCACAAUUGUUCUCAGGUAUUCUCCCAAGUAUAUCCGUAUAACAUUCCGUCUGGCACGAAGGUUCCGAAUUGGGCAUACCUGAAUGUGACUGCAGCUGGGUUCGAUGCUGUCGUAGCGCAAAGUGCUGGAGAUCUCCCUGAAUCUACUGCAACCAGCGUACAAUCUACUGGCUCGGUCACUUAUUCGAGCAGCGUGUCUGCUUCUUUGACCAGUUCUUUGGGCGCAGCCACAGGAUCUUCAACGACAUCAGCAUCUGAUUCGACAAGCUCAAAUAUUGGAGCUGUAGCUGGGGGUGUUGUUGGUGGAAUUGUGGGAGCUGCAGUCAUCAUUAGCCUUGCAACACGGUACUUUGUCAAACGCCGUCGCUCCUCCACAAUGCCAUUCAGCGAUAUUAGCGGAGGUCCAGGCCACACUCAAAGUCAUUACUCCGCUAACCCUGAUUUAUUCCCAAUGCAACCCCAAAUGACGCAGCAACCACGUCUCUACGACCCUUCUGACCCGACCACUUUCCCAGGUUCUCUUUCCUCCCCCACCUUCCCAAUCACCUCAUCUAGCAACAUAUACCAACACUCAUCCGUACCCCUCGCACGUCUUUUCCCAACAGCCGCGUCCUGGACAGUACGCUGGCGCUCCGGAGGUUUACUAAAUUCACGAGUCGCGACCACUCAAAAAGUGGCGAAAGUAGUAUUAAAUGUAAUAUGUUAGUACUACAAGUGUGUACAGUAAUCAACGGUACUACGAAGUCACCAUGUAAACAGUUCU